AUGCCACUGGCAAAGCAACAGCUCAACUCGAAUGCGGAGUCAUUUCCCCCGCGGGGUAAGAGUAAACCGAGGCAGCCGUCCGCCACUUUUCCCACACCCAAGUACAGGCAGCCAAACUCUCCCCCCGUGGCAGACUUGCGGGCGGGCAGCUCAAGGACGCCAAUGCAGCAGCCACUACCGCCGCCUCCCAUGUACCAGGCGCCGAUUAUGGUCUCGCCGUUGGUGCCAGCAACACUACCGCCGCCGCCACCGCCACCACCGCAGGUGCCAUUUUAUAUCACACAACAUGGCAUGCCACCGCCGCCACCGCCGCCACCGCCGCCACCGCCGCCACCGCCACCACCGCCGUCCUCUAUGAUGUCGCCUUUCAUUUCGGGAAUUGGAGCACUUCCGCCACCGUCGUCGUCGCCGCCGCCGCCGCCGAAGGCGCCUCCACCACCGUUCUUGCAAGCGCCGUGUGGCCCCAUCCCGUUCAACGCUCCAAUGGGACUUCCCAUUCAGGCAAUGUUGAUGGCAAAAGGCCCCGACCAGAGCUUUUUGUCCUCGUUGUUUCCCAACGGUGCAAUGCCACCACCACCACCACCACCACCGCCGCCGCCAUCGUUUGCAGCAUCAUUGUUAGCGGCUGCUCAGAAACAGCUACAACAGCCGCCGCCGCCGCCGCCGCCACCACCACCGCCUCCUGGAAUACCUCCAGCAAGGACGCAAGUCGCUCGCGUGAGUGUUGGUAAUGCUUCCUUGGCAGCUCUGGUGUCGAAGGAGCCGCCAAAGUUUUCGUGUGUGCUGCUUUCCGGCAUUCCUGCGGUUGGUAAGACCACAAUGGGGCGUGAACUGGUAAAUGAGCUGCGGCGGGACGGACUUGGGUGGAUUUUCUUUUCUGGCGCCGACUUUCUCGCGGGGGCGACGGCGAAACGCCCAGUGUGGGAGACCACCAGGGGGGUUUUUGAUGCGCUGCAGAAGCGCCUGGAUGAGCUGCUCGAGCAGCAGCGUAGUGAGCGUAACGUGAAGGGGCUUGUGAUUGACAAAAAUGUGAAGGGGAUUGAGGACGUCUACUACCUUGCCUCGCUGCUCAAGGCGAGGCAGAUUCCAUUUGUCGGCAUUGUGGGAAUGGAGGCGGGCGACGACACUGUGCUGCUAAAACGCAUGGGUGGUGGUGAGGAGAUGCGGGAGAAGAUCAAGUACCACCGCGUGAUACAUGCCAGGGUGCGUGCCCUUGCAAAGGCCGCGGGGAUGUACCGCGAGAUUGACGCGACGAAGUCGAAGGAGGAGGUUUUAAACGCCCUGCGCACAAUGGUGCUUGGCUGCUGUGCACAGCCCCCGCAACGCGGCAUCCGGACCGACUUCUACGCCGGCUCCACGGUAACGACGAUGGUUGACGACCAUGCGGAGUACUACGACGUCGUUACCCGCGUCCUGGAGCUCCUGCGGUCGCCGACGGGGCUCUCCCACUACCCCGGCACGAUGGACUUUACGCCCUUUUCAACGCGGGAGAUGUCUGACAAGAAUCGGGCCUCUGCAAUAAAAACGUACUACGGUGUCCGGCGCCUGAACGACGGCGUUCGCCAUCUGCUGAUGUACCGUGACUCAAAGUUCUACCUCGUCCCGACGCACCUCAAGGCCGUGCUGCGGAUGCCCGAGAAGGCGUGGCUGGGAAGCAAGCUCGACUCCAUUGGGUGCUUUGUGCUUGAGGGCGACUUAGUGCGGCUUUCCAAGGACCGCUGCUGCGAGAAGUUUCUUGUCUUUGACGUUCUCUACUGGAGUGACGCGGCGCGGCCGGGGGUGAAUCAAGCGGCGCCAAUGAACUGGGUGGAGCGGCAGGCCCUGCUCGACACCCACCUCUGCGCCGAGAGCAAGGCAUUCUUUCCCCCGGGGUCUGACUGCGUUGUGCUGCACCAGGCGACGUCGAAGUUGGAGCGCAUCUUCGACUUCUUGAACGCCGGCGAGGACGCCUUGGAGGGGAUCCUGUUUCAGCCCAUCAGUUCUGCCCACGGCUUUGACAAGGUGUACGUCUGGCGCCCGCCAUCGAAGCUCACGAUUGAUUUCCGCAUUGGCGCGUUAAUAAGCACCACCACCGAGGCGAAUGAAGCGGAAGAUGACGCUAACGGUGCGGCAGCGGCAGCGGCAGCGGUGGAGGCGGAGGUGGCGGCUGCGGUGAAAAGUAAUGUUACCAGCCCCUCCUCUACCCCCGCGCGGCGGUCGCAGUCAAAGAUGCAGUCAAACCCACCGCCGUCCGACCUGCUUCAGUUGUCCGGCACACAUUCUUUAGGCCAAAGCAUGAACAGUGCGGGGGGAUUAGGGCGAAGCGUACUCUCCGAGAACGUGCCUACACGCACGUUUGAGCUGGAGGUGUAUGACAAGCACGAAAAGGAGUAUGUCCAGUUUGAGGAAUGCACGGUUGAGGUGAAGCACCCCGACGUGGUGGAAGGUUGCAUCUGCACCUGUGUCCUGGCAGAGGAGAAGAGUCGCUCUUGGACCUUUCAGCGCAUUCGCUACGAUGUGCUUCGCCCUGCGUAUAAGCGGGACGUGACGUCGUUGCUUGAGCAUUGCAUUAUUCCCAAGUCCAAGUUGUUGCACUGGCUGGUCCACGACAAGAUUGUCCCGCAGACGCCGAAUGAGACCCCGGUCAUGGCGGCUCUGUCACCACCGCUGCCGCCGCCGCCGCCGCCGCCGCCGCCGCCGCCCGCAGUCUCGGGACCAGGGGCGUCAAAGUCCCCGGCGCAGCAUCCCCUGACCCUGCCCACGUACGCCACUGCGGUCAGGAUGCAGCAAAGUAACGCCCAGCCGCAUGCGGCGCUGCGGAUGUCGCCGCCCCCGAUCGAGAUGGCGGCACCCUCCCAUGCGCUGCCGCUGCCGGGCGUGCACACGCGAGGCUCGCAAACUCGGGUGACCGCCUCGCCAAUGCACACGUCCACCCCCCCUAAUGUCCACAGCGCGUUGCACGCUCCGGCGGCGGAGCCCGCAACCGCCACACUUAAGCCCUGCAAUGCGGCCAACGACGCAAACGCGCUCACGGCACUGCAGCUUCUAUCGACGAUGGUCUCUUCGGUGCACAUUGUGCGGACGGACGAAACGGAGGAGCCGGCCAAAGCUGCCUCCAAGACCAGUCACCGCCGCAACCAGCAGCAAGGGAGCGAUGCCCGCGGGUCAUGCCAGGGCCAAGAGAUGCAUGAAACCGAUAAGCGAGGCAACAACCGGGCGUCACGCCAGGGCGGCAAAAAGGCGACGCCUGCCGUAGACCAUUGUGCGCAGUGCCUUAAGAAGAAGCAGUCCGAGGAUCUUCGUCUUGACCGGCAGGACAGUAAGUAUUACUGCUACAGCUGUUGGGCAAAGCUGGGAUGGGAGUUCUGUCGGGAGUGUGGGGAGUUUAAUAAGGGCUGCCGGGAGCGCACGCGCCGCCGCGUGGGCGAGUUCUACUGCAACACUUGCUGGUCCAGCUUCAACAAGGGGGACGAGGAGGCGACGAAGAGGGAGAACCCAACCCCCACCAGCUCUAAUGGGCAAAAGCAGCAAAAGCAGAGGCAGAAGCAGCAGCAGCAGCAGCAGCAGCAGCAGCAGCAGCAUGUGGUGGAGGAUGGCCCCGCCGCAGCGGCGGCGGAUGAAAAGAAGACGAAGAAGCGGAGGCCUGCGGAGCGUAAGAGCUCGAGGAAGUCACAAAGCGACGAGGAGAAGGUGAAUGCCGCGUCUACAGCGGAUGAUGAGAACAAUAACACGAGCUUGCCAAACAACUUCACUGCUUCGGAGUCAGAAAAUGCGGGUCAAUCCGAUUCCAAUGGGAAACAAAGCAAAAAAAGUGUCGUUGAAAGGGAGACACCGUGUGAAAUAAAUCAAGGUGAGAUUGAGUCUGCGCCGCAGCCCACGCAGGAGGUCGUUGCCCCCAACCAGGUGGAUGUGGCGGUGGAGUGA